GAACUAUAGGCUCAAUUUUGUCUGUGCGUGCGUGAUGUUCAAGACAAUAACAAAAGAAUAAUUAGACCACCUAUGUUAACAAGGCUUCCGACAAAUACGCUUCAUAUUUGUAUAAAUUCAAAAUGCUGUUGGCUGAUUGGAUGUUUUAAGUAAUGCGAAACUAUAACUUGUCUGCAUUAGUUUAUUAGGCGUAGCCACACGCUAAAGAAUUACAGCUGGUGUAGCUAUAUUCUGUGUUCAAUAAAAGUGAAACUCUAACUUUGAAAUCAGUAUCAUUGCGAUUUCCAGUUUGAACUUUGAAGAUAAUCAACGAUCCUCGCCAUGAAUGUUUACAAAGUUCUUCAAUUGUAUUUGUUACAGUUGUGCACAUAUACGUCCAGUUCUACGAUAUCUACUGCUGUAUUCAAAUUAACGGCUUCAGAUUCUGGACUUGCUGGUCACGUCAUUCGCAAAUGCCUUGCACUGACUGCUCUAGACUGUGCUCAUGAAUGCUUGGCUGAGCGUCCCGCUUGCAAAUCGAUAAAUUUUAUAACAAUAGAACAAGCUGAUUCUGUCAUGAAUUGUGAACUGAAUAACGCCACAAAGUCAGCACAUCCCAUUAAACGUUAUUUGGCGAAAAACGUCAAUUAUUACGAGAUAAUUGAAAAGAGAAGAACUACAGGCGCGAGUGUUUCUUCAGUGCAGAAUGCAAUCGGGACGUUCCAUGCAAAUUUCACAAAUCUCGGUGCUUCUGGCCGCCUUGGUCCUCAAUCUGUUGGUUCUGAAUAUUUGAGUAAAGACAAUGAAAACAUGGUGACUGUUAAGGAAGGUAUACAGUUCUGGACAGUUCCGUGGACUGGUACAUACGAAAUCACUGCAGUUGGUGCAGCAGGGGGGAAGGAUAAGUACGGGUUGCCUGGAGGUCGAGGAGCGAACAUGAAAGGAGAAUUUGAUCUUAAAAAAGGGGAUGUGAUUAAAAUAUUGGUUGGACAAGAGGGUGCUAAAACUGAUCUUAUUGGUGGUGGAGGAGGAGGAACAUUUGUUGCGACAAUAUCUAACACACCAAUGAUCGUUGCUGGUGGUGGAGGUGGUGCUCAAGGUCUUAAUAACCAGUUGUUAAACUGCGACGCAAGCACAGAGACAACAGAAGGUAAUGCGUGUUCCCCCGGAAGUUCCUGUUCCAUUUGGGCUGGUGGUGCUAAUGGAACUGGCGCUUUGUAUGGUGAUGCCAAAUCAGUGUCAAACUAUAUCCGCGUGAGUAAACAGUAUUUUCAUAGCUUACUAACACUCACACUUAACGAGUGGGCGCGUAUUCGAGUGCAACUCAGCAGUCAAUGA